UGCAAAACUAGUAGAGCAGAAAAAAAAAAGUUAGCUGAUGAUAUUGAUAAAGAUUCUAUACUUUUUUUUACGUUUCAUAUUAAACUUGAUAAAGAUAUACUUACUUCUGUUAGAAUGGAUAUUACAAUUAUGGCUAAGCUGAUCAUUAAUAAAAUUGAAGAAGGUGUUAGAACUGCAUAUUUUAUUUGUUCUCAAAGUAAUAAGAUUAAGCAUGAAUACAAAGAUUCUAAUCGUAAAAGAACAGACUGGUUUAGUUGUAAUGGUAAAUUAAAUAUAAAUAUUGAUAUUCUAGCUGCAAAUGCUAAAGUAACAUUACAACAUGAAUUAGUACAUGAAAAGCCUAUUGAUGUUACAACACCUCUAGAAAUAAAACAGGAGAUUUUAGAAAAUUUGAAUAUGGAUUCUAAAUUCUAUAAACAUAAUGAAGAUCAUAUUAUUUCUGCAUGUACUCUUAUUGAAGGACAAAAAAAAAAAGAAUAUAAUCUUUGUUUUCAAUUAGAAACUAGUUAUGUUACGGCAAUUGGUUUUACUACUCCUUUAUUUGGUUCAUUAUAUAAUAUAACUGAGGUGCAUUGUGAUACCAUGUACAAAACUGCCAAAGGGCGAUUUAAACUUUAUGGGCUUGUUGGAAAUGUUGAAGGUGCUGGUUUUUUCCUAGCCUAUCUUAUCUUAGAUACAUCAAAGACAGGUGACAGAACUCAAGAAAGGUUGCAUACUGAGGCUCUUCAAGACAAUGUAAUUGAUCUUAUAAAAAAACAUUUUCACAUACAUCCUAAGAUCCCAACUAGUUCAAAUGGUCAAUUUCUAUCUCCUGUUGAAAUAAGAAUAAUAGCAGUUCGUAAAAUUUACGAAUUUUCUCAUUCUACACAUGAAACAAUACCUCUUGGUAAAACAAAUAUGAUGAUUGAAGCACAUUGGAAAUCGUUUUCUAAUUUGCAAGCAUUUAAUUCAUAUAGCAUCGGAAAAGAAUAUCCAUUUUUAAUUUGGGACGGAAGUGAAACUCAAAACAUACCUGAAAAUAUUCCUAGUUUAACAUUGUGUAAUCAGACUCUUGUUGAAAAUACUGAAAAAUUGACCAAUAAUAAUUUGCAACAUGUGGAAGCUGUUGUGAAUAAUUUGGGUCAUGUCUUUACAAUAAUUAAUGAUAUUGAAAUAGCAAAAGCUAGAUAG